AUGGCUCCAAGAAACGCUACAUCAGCUAAGGACUUCGUCGACAUGCCUCUGGAUGCUUAUAGAGCAUCACGCCGCAAAACUGUUGCCCAUGCCAAGAAGACCAACACUAAAAACCCAAAGAAGAAACCGGUCGAUUUUAAAAUAAGACCCAACGAUCACUCCAGAAAGAUCCAAACAAAGGUGAUCAAGAUUGUAAUGAACGUUCCUGUAAGGAAGACUCAAGUAGCUGAUACGAAGCCACGAACUUGGUACAAGAAGAAGGACACAUAUCCUACUCAGCGAACCAAUCAACGCAUUGACCAACAUCAUAACUCUGGCAGAGUUAACAAGAAUAAAGCUGCCUUCAAGUCCAGAAAGCCCGCCCAGCCAAAAGUCAACCUUGCAGAAUUGGACAAAGAACUCGACGCUUAUAUGAAGAGCUCCAAACAUUACAAACAAUAA